AUGAGCAUAUCACGGGCCAUUGGGGUCAUUAGUGGCCUCAAUGAAUGUGUCAAUUUGUUUCAGUGGGCUGGAUCUUCUAUUUCGUAUCUGCGCUCCCGGUGGUCUGGAACACAGGAGGAAAGUAUCCAUCAUGAAGUAUUGCAUUUGCAGAGUGGCUUACAACGUCUUAGGGAUACUCUUCCGGCAAUGUACAGUCUUAUUGACCAAGCAGAGUGGAGGAUCCAUGAAGGCCGUGUCGCGGAGCUCCUUCCCAACCUCAAAGAUGCAGUGAAUGAUGCUGAUGAUCUUCUUGGUGAGUUCAGAUGGCAUGAGCUAAAGAUGGAGGUAGAGGGCAAUGCAAGUCAUUCUGCUUUUAUUGACUUCUACAAGACUACCGUACAAGGCAGCUUCAACAAAGUGAAUGAUAUCCAAGAAAGGUUGAAUAGUAUUUCUGGUCAGCUAGAGAAAAUGGGGCUGUAUGGAGUGACACCAGGGUUCGACAAAUCAGUCAGGCCAGACACUACCCCUUUCCCGAAUGAAAAAAAAAUAUUUGGUCGUGACAAGGAUCUGAAGGAGGUGAUGGGAUUUCUCGGUGUACCUCAAACUCAAAGUAAAGGAAUGACCUGUUCAAAACGCAAGAGAGCAAGUAGCGCAGUCAAUGCAUCAACAAGCACAUCAGCACGGAACCAAGUUAAUGAAUCAAGAAUACCAGCUAUUCCUGUUUUGCCAAUAGUUGGAAUGGGGGGCGUUGGAAAGACCACUUUGGCUCAACAUAUAUGCAAUCAUCAACAGGUGAAAGAUUACUUUGAGUUAAUAAUCUGGAUUUGUGCAGAUGACUUUGAUGUGAAGAGAUUAAUUAAAGAUGCCAUACAAUCCGCUUCCGGAAAAAAGACAAAACUUGAUCAUUUAGCUUCUCUUCAACAUGCUCUUUCUGACAGUGUGAGCAAUAAACGGUUCUUGAUUGUUGUUGAUGACGUGUGGGAUGAUGCCUUGAAGGAAAAUGAGCAGCGUUGGAAAGACUUUUAUGAUUCUUUGACAAACGUGGUACAGGGAAGUAUGAUGUUGGUCACAACAAGAUUUCCAGAUGUUGCUGAUAGAGUGCACACAAUGGAGCCCAUUCCAUUAGCUGGUUUGAAGGAGGAUGUGUUUUGGGAUUUCUUCAAACUUUGUGCAUUUGGGUCUGAGAGUUCCGAGAAUGAUCCCGAGUUAGAGAGGAUUGGAAAAAGCAUAGUUCCAAAGUUGAAGGGUUCUCCUUUGGCCGCCAAAACUCUUGGACGCCUAUUAGGAAAGAACCUUCAUACAACACAUUGGAAUAAUAUACUAGAGAAUGAACUCUGGAAUUUGGAACAAGAGAGGACUGAUAUUUUGCCAGCCCUUCGAUUGAGCUACAUAUAUUUGCCAUUUCACUUGAAGAGAUGCUUCUCAUUCUGUGCUGUAUACGCCAAAGAUCACAGAUUUGAAAAGGGCCGUCUAGCUGAAAUUUGGGUAGCAGAAGGCUUUGUGGAACCUCAAGGUAAUACUCCACUUGAAGAUAUUGGCCAUCAGUACUUUGACGACCUUGUAAAUAGGUCCUUCUUUCAACAAGUUCGUGGUACAUACGUAAUCCAUGACUUGCUGCAUGACAUGGCAAAACUAGUGUCAGGUCAUGACUGCUUCACCAUAAGAAAUAUGAGGGACAUCCAAAUGGUUCCCGAGAAUGUUCGUCAUCUGUACAUACUCCCAAGCAGAGAAUUGAGCUCUUCCAACUUGUUGAGCCUAAGCAAGCGCACAAAAAAGCUGCGUACGCUAAUUUGUGACAAGUCUUUUGGGAAUGAAGCUGCAGCUAUAAUGGACCGUUGGUGUAGUGAGCUUCAGUGUUUACGUGUGAUUUUUUGGGCCUCUUCAAAUGAGUUGCCAGACAGUAUUGCCAACUUGAAGCAUCUUCGGUAUCUUGACAUCUCCAAGGAUUGUCCUUUCAAGAGUUCUUCAGCAUUCUGUUCCCUCUAUAAUCUGCAGAGGUUAUAUGUGGAGGAGUGCAACUUAGAAAGUUUGGCCGGUGACUUCAGUAAGUUGAUAAGUUUACGGGGAUUUAAAUCACGGGGAUUUCAAUAUUAUGCAGGGCGUGAACAGAGCAUUGAUGCAACCAAUCAGUGCGAAAUGAAGUUAUAUAAGAAUUUUAACCAAUUCGAUGGACAUAUGGACAUAUCGAAUCUUGGUUCUAUGAGCAAGGAUCAUGCAGCAGAAUUCAAACUAAAGGAUAAGAAAUAUCUUCGCAGACUGGCACUGAACUGGUCUUGGGAUUGUUCUCCUGAGAACCGUGAGAGAGAAGUGCUUCAAGUCCUACAACCUACCACCAGUCUCAAAUCUCUUUUCCUCUUUAAUUAUCCAGAUGUGUCGCUCCCAAACUGGUUUCAGCCACGUAUAAACUUAAAUGAGAUUCCUGAUGUGCUAGUUGACAACAAUAAUGACGAGAUUAGUACUUUGUCGUCCCUGGAAGAGCUAUCCAUUUCUUGGUGUCAAAAUCUACGAAGUGUCGAACAACUUCUGCGUCCAGCUUAUGUGCCUGCCAUCAAGAAAUUAAGGAUUUUUGCUUGCAACCAGUUAGUAUCAUUACCAACUGAAACGUUUGGGGAUUUUAAUUCCCUUGAGAAGUUAGACCUGGAUUGUCCAAAUAUCUGCUCAAGAAGUUUGGUGGCGCACUCCCUCUUGAAGUUGAAACUGGGAAGUUCUCGGAAUCUCACAGACAAUAUCCAGUGCUGCUCCCUCACCGAGUUUUAUUUAUCAUGUGACUAUGUCAUGGGCAUCCAACCCCAAACGUGGAAUCUUCCAGCUCUACAAAAGUUGCAUGUUAAAAAUUGCAGAUCUCUUACAAUUGUUGGACAAGGACGACCACCCAUUAGGGCAUUCGAAUCCCUUACAUUGCUAAUCAUUGACAAUUGUGAGAACCUGAAAACCAUUGAUGGUCUCCUAACGGAACAAUGUUUGCCUGCCAUUCGAAAGAUUGAUGUCAGGAAUUGUGGCAAGUUACUGUUGAUUUUUGGUGAAACGCCUGGGAGUCUUCCUUCCCUGGGAGAUCUGUUGCUUUAUGAUUGCCCUACUCUCAGAUGGCCAAGGGAAUUAGUGUUACCAUCAUCCUUAAAAAGGCUCCACUUAGUUCGAUGUGGGGAUAUCUCUUCCUGGUAUUCAAACUGCCUACAAAACUUCAAAUCUCUGGUUGAACUGGUUUUGGUUGGAUGUCCAAGUAUAACAUCCAUUCCACUCGGAGUCUGCAGAAAUAAUCUCACAUCACUUGAUGAGUUGUAUAUCUCGGGCUGUCCAGACCUUGUGUCAAUUGGUGGAGCAAAGGCAGUUGCAAAAUUAAAGUAUGUGCGCAUUAAUGAUUGUCCAAAGAUGGAGGGUCUUAAGCAGCCUCUGAUUCGAGGCCGCUCAAACACAGAUAUGUUGUCCCUUAGACUUCAAUCUUCUCAUAAAUUUCCGACCUGUUUGUGA